GGAACACGGACCCCCAAGGAUCCCUCUAUUGCAGGAGAUGGGAAAACCCAGAGCACCUCUCUGUAUAUUUCCAAACAAGAAAACCAGCCGAGCCCAGCUCCGUGCUUCUGGAGCCUGCUCCCCUCCCCCCUGGAUUCAGGGAGCCUCUGUCUGCCUUAGCCAAGUCCAGAUCUCUUAGCCCUACUGCACACGUGCUGCCCACCCAGCCUGCUGGAGUGGUGUGAACAUACCUUGGGUCAGGGCUAACUCCGCUUUGUGCCGUUGCUGCUCCAGCCAGGCUCCAUGCUGAGGCCAGCUCAGCACCUCUACUGCCGCAGCCACGCUCCCUGGCACGCGACGGGCCGGCUCCAGGACCCGCUCAUCGCCUCCAGAGCACCAGUCUCUCUGCUGAGCUCGGAGCGUGUUACUUGCCCAGAGCUCGCCGCUUCUCCAAGCGCGGCAACCCUCCUGCAGGGCUCAUCUGUGCAAUCCCGCUGCCCUUUCAUGAGCGCUGUCCGGUGACCCUCCACCGCCCCUCGAAGGGCGUCUGCAGAGGGGCGGCCUCCUGCAGCCCCGUGCUGUGUCUGACCCCCGCCCUGGGAGGGACAGAGGCUGCUGGAUCCCAAGGCGCCCUGGCUGGAAGAGCCCUGUGAUGCAGAUGCAGCAUUGGGAGGCAGGGAGCCAUCCCGCCCUCCCUGAUGUGCCCAAUUGGCUCUACCCGCCCACGGGGAUUGCCGGGGUGAAGCACUGAGCAAACAACACUGCCGAGAGGGCUGAGUCGGAGGAAAUCCCUGAGAGAAGCCAGCGAGGUGCCGAGCUCCCACCUCAACAGCACCCAACUCCGGAGUGCAUGGGCAGCACCUCAGAUCAAAGACACGUUUGUUGAAAGCCACCAGCACCUUCCAGGUUAACAACAUGGACACAAAAGGAGACACCCCAGGGAAGGUGCCCACGGGUAGCGACACAGGCAAGACGGACUCCACAGCUGCUGGCCUGAGCCCCUAUGUGAGUUUGGUGAGCAGCCUGCGCGCUGCCUGGCUCACGGGGAAGACGCGCGCCGCUGAGCACCGGGUCUCCCAGCUGGAGGCGCUGGGCCGCUUCCUGGAUGACAAGAAGCAGCCCAUCCUGGAUGCCAUGGCCUCGGACAUGCGCAAGCCCCCCUUGGAGGUGGAGCUCUCCGAGAUCAUCCUGGUCAGGAAUGAGGUGAACUACGCGCUCAACAACCUGUCCAGCUGGAUGAAGGACGAGUUUGUGGAGAAGAACCUGGUGACUCAGCUGGACACGGCCUUCAUCCACAAGGAGCCCUAUGGAGUGGUGCUGAUCAUUGGGCCCUGGAACUACCCCUUGAACCUCAUCCUGGUGCCCCUGAUCGGGGCCAUCGCUGCUGGGAACUGUGUCAUCAUCAAACCCUCCGAGAUCAGCAGCAGCACCGAGAAGCUCCUGGCUGAGACGCUGCCCAGCUACCUGGACAAGGACUGCUUUGCCGUGGUCACUGGGGGCCCUGCGGAGACCACCCAGCUGCUGGAGAACAAGUUCGACUACAUCUUCUUCACUGGUAGCCCCCAAGUGGGCAAGAUCGUGAUGGCAGCUGCCGCCAAGCACCUGACGCCGCUGACCCUGGAGCUGGGGGGCAAGAACCCCUGCUACGUGGCCGACGACAGCGACAUGCAGAACGUGGCCAACCGGCUGGUCUGGGGGCGCUGCUUCAACGCGGGGCAGACCUGCAUCGCGCCCGACUACGUGCUGUGCAGCGCGGAGACGCAGGAGAAGCUGCUGCCCGCCCUGCGUCACGCCAUCACCCAGUUCUUCGGCCCCGAGCCCCGGGAGUCGCCCGACUUCGCCCGCAUCAUCAGUGACAAGCAGUUCCAGCGCAUCCGGGCCCUGCUGGGCAGCGGGCGCAUGGCCAUCGGGGGGCAGACGGACGAGAGGGAGCGGUACAUUGCCCCCACGGUGCUGGCGGACGUGCAGCCGUCGGAGCCUGCCAUGCAGGAGGAGAUCUUCGGGCCCGUCCUGCCCAUCGUCACCGUGCCCAACGUGGACGAAGCCAUCGCCUUCAUCAACAGCCGGGAGCGGCCGCUGGCCGUGUACGUCUUCGCCUCCGACAGCAAGCUGGUGCGUCAGGUGCUGGAGCGGACGAGCAGCGGCGGUUUUGGUGCCAACGACCCCAUGAUGCAAAUGACGCUAAUCUCGCUGCCCUUCGGUGGGAUUGGGAACAGCGGCCUGGGCUCGUACCACGGCAAGUUCAACUUCGACACCUUCUCUCACCACCGCGCCUGUCUCCUGCGCAGCAUGGGCCUGGAGCCCAUGAACUCCCUGCGCUACCCACCCUACAGCGAGCGCAAAAUGGGGCUGGUGACUUCUGCCUUCGAGAUCAAGCGCAAGGGCACCUGCACCCUGCUGUGACGGGAGGGUCGGCCCAGCCCAGCCCAACCACCCAGCACCACACAACCCACUGGCUGCCUGACGGCCUUGGGGGAAGAAGGCCUGGCUGACCUUAGGAGGCCCCCUCCAAAGGGGGUUAAAUACUCUUCCUCCGACUCCUUCAUCUUCCUGGGGAGAGGGGCACCGCUUCCUCCAUCCCAUCCCUGGGAGCUCCUGCCCGUCCUAGCCCAGCCUCUUGCUUCCCCAUCUCCAGCUGCUUGGGUGGUGGGGAGAGAGCAUCCCCCACGGAGACAGAUGCUGGGAGGGGGGAAAUGCCAAGGGGGCUGCCCAGGAAUGACCCCCCCCCGCAAGCCAGGGAGACAUGUGGGCCCUGUAAUCCCAGUGGUGCCCUCCCACACUGGUGCCCCCACAGGCUGCUGCUGUGUUGCCCAGGAAGGGCAGUGCCAUGGCGUGCUGGGGGGGGCAGGUGUCCUGGAGCCGAAGGACCCUGCUCCGAGGGGGACGAGGGCCGAAGGGGCAGUAAGGGCAGCCUGCGACCCAGUCUGCUCUCAGGGAAUCACUCCUGCCUCAGCUGUCCUGGCUUAGCCUCAUUCUCCCAUCAUGCUCUCUGCUCUCCGCCCAUCGCUGCCUGUGUCCCCUGCUCUGUGCUUUGCCCUGCGUAGAUUUUGGUUUAGUAAAGACUCGGUGUUGAAUUCG